AGGCUAUCAACUGUGGCCUGGGCAGCCACAGUUAGGCCUGAACUGCAUUGUCUAUAUGGAAGAGGAGGACUGAGGUCAGACAUCAAGGUCAAGACGGGAAAGGGAGUGAGGAGAACCCUUGACACUCUAGAAAUGGGGAGACUAAAGCUGAAAAAAGGAUACAUGAUGGACAAUGAUGCCUGGAUUAACCCAAAUAGGGAUUUCAGACAGAGAUUACACGGGUAUCCACCGCCUCCACCCCCACCCCCACGACCUACACAGCCGCAUACGGUCUCGGGCCAACCCCGGCUUCUUCAAUGCUCAGUGGUAAACCUGAACCCCUUUGAGGAGAGGAACACCAUCUUGGAGUUAGAGCAGGCCAACCAAAAACUGAAGGAUAUGAACCAGGAGCUGAGGGAGCAGCUCGAAGACAUCAUGGAGCCAAGGGAGAUGAGGCAUGACUUUAUGUGCCCCAACCAUCAGCAGCAAUUACAGAUCCUGUCUUGGGAGAAGGACUGUCCCCAGAUGAUGGAUGAUUCAAGGUUAGUACAGAUGCUAAAACAAAAAAUCUGCCCUCAUGAGGACCCCUUCAUGGAAAAGUCCCAGAAAGAGCUGCAGCAGAUGAGGCUGUCCUUUGAGAGAAAGAAGACAUCUAUUACAGAGGUGUGGGAUGGCAUGAGUGAAGUUCACAUGUCCUUGACUGACCAGACUGAAGGACUUCUGAAUCUCAAAAAAGAUAUUGGAGAUGUGUUAAAGGAGGUGGAAGACAUACGAAUGGAAAUUCUUCGGGACAAGGCCCGGUACCACACUCUGACCAGGAAAGGCUUGCUUAUGCAGAAGAAGAAGCCGUCUCAGCCGCCCCCCCAGAUGUCCAGAUGACCAGAUGUCCAGGAAAUCCUGGACAAUCUUGAGCAAGGCGGGUUUGUGCCUGCUUGUCUGCAGCAUUCUGUUUUACCUCUGUGUAGUG